AUGGUGCUGCUCAGGUCCACAGCACUUUUUGUUCUGGUGGUCUCUGGAUUCCACUACCUAACCUGCUUCAUAAAGAUCUCUGAGAACCAUGAUCCUAACAUUGGAUUUUACAGUUUCCCCAUAAACUGUUCUUAUUACAACCCCACCAUAAAAUUGCUAUCUGUGCAGCCGCCCACCAACUUUUUCAACCCCCCAAACAUAAAACAGAGGAAGGGAUCGUUGUACAUAAUCGAGAUGACCUUGAGCAGCUCAGCCCGGCUGGAUGCCCUGGAAGUGAACCAUUAUGAGCUGCAGCUCCAGUACACUUGCGGCAAAUAUGAGAACCUGCUACUCCCAGUGCAUGUGGUGCGGGAUCCUGGCCGGGUCCAGUGUGUUGGCCGAUUUGCUAGCCCAGCGGGAGAGAUCAUUCAGGUGCCUGAGACAGUCACCCCUGGGGCUCGGCUCUACACUCUGCUGCUCCCAGGCCUGGAAUUUCAGAAAGCCAAGAUAACCAUCACCAAUGCUCAGGACCCUCCAUUUUUCUCCAUUGAUGGGUCGAAUUCGCUAUGGGCACCAUCACAGGGCCUCAAGGGGCAGGCUGAGAAGGUCUUCCCGCUCAAGAUCUCAGUGACCUACGGAAUGAAUGGAAGCUGUCAUGGAAUGCUGGUGGUGAAAGUUUUGCCUGUCCCCUCCAGCCACCUCUCCUUCCUGAAACAGAACCGGAGUAUCAUGAUUCGGGAGGAUGUGGAGCCCGGGAGUGAGGUGGUUCAGGUCCAAGCCCAGGGCUCUGACGUGCGCUAUGAAAUCCUCUCUCCAGUGCCCUGCCCACUCUUCUCCAUUGGUUACGCUGAUGGUGUGGUCAGGACCACUGCACCCCUGGAGUUGGCACAGGCCCCAAGCACAAUGGUCACCAGGCUGCAGGUGAAGGCUUUUGAGCGACUCCAGCCAUGGGCCAGUGUAGAGCUCAAUAUCACAGUGAAAGUACAACUGAUCAACCGCUGGCCCCCACGCUGCCUCCCAGCACAGCUGCUGACUCAAAUCCCUGAAAAUGUGCCUGUGGGGAUGGUCCUGAGCACCUUCACUUGCACUGACCCUGACUCUUCCAACUCUACCCUCGACUACCAGCUCCUGCUCCAUGGCCCUCCUGGCUCCACUAGCCUCUGUCUUUGGGACAGAACCUUGAAGGUGAAUGACACACUGGACUGUGAUGCUCCCGGAGGCUGCUUGCAGCAUGCUGCUUCCAUCCUGGUGCUCGACAGGGGGCAGCCCCAAAUGAGCACUGUGGUUCCAGUCUUGGUGAUGGUGACACCUGUCAAUGAAUUCUCCCCAACCUGUGUCCCACGCUCACUCCGGGUUCCUGAGGACAUAAGACCCCCCACUGUGCUGGGCUCUGUGGAGGGCACAGACAUGGACUACCCGCAUGACAGCAUUGAGUACUACAUCUCUGGAGGAUCCCCCAUCUUCGUUGUGGAUCGUCUCAGUGGGAAGGUUCACCUCCUGCGGCCUCUGGACUAUGAGGUGCAGCGGCUGUACAGGCUCACUGUUCUGCUAGUCGAUUAUGGCCAAGACCAGCACCCUGACCACCACCGAACGGGCUCCUGCACAAUUACCAUCGAGGUUGAGGAUGUGAACGAGCAUGCACCCGAGUGUGAGCCCCCAUUUCAGGAACUUACCAUCCACAUCCCCCCGGGUCGUAGUGUAGAGGUGACCAAAGUGUCAUGUUGGAUUCCCCAGGAGCCACAGCGCCUGACCUUCUCCUACAGCAUCGUGAGAGGGAAUAAUCAGAAUCAAUUCAGCCUGCAAGGGGCCAUCCUAGUGUACAAAGGUCUCACAUUGCAGCCCUCCUGGCCAGAGAAGCCCCACACUUAUGAACUAUUGGUCCGUGUGGCUGAUGAGGGUCCCUCCACCCUCCACCUCAGCACCACAGCUACCAUCACUGUGCAUCUAGUUCCAUGGCGGCCCAGCACAAUCGCUACAACUACAGUAUCUUCACUGAUGACACCUCUGGUCGUGAGAGUCACGGAGGCUUUCUGGCAGCCAGAGCCCUGGUUUGUGGUGGUGCUAACAGUAACGAGUGCCCUUCUCCUCCUGGCGCUGGGCUGGCUCCUGCAGAGGUUGUUCCAAGUGUUACAGGCACCAAACAAACCAGACCAGGCCCUGCUGCUAAACAGAAUCCAAGGAACUGAAGGUUCCACUGAGGGCUUGAUGGAGGCACCGAAGAUGGAGAUGUCCCAGGCGCCCCAGAAAGUCACGAGCCUGCAUUUUGAUGGCAGAGCACAGGAUGCUCGUACAGGAAGAGUGUACAACACAAGCACUGGAGCCCGGCGCUGGCUCUGA